AUGAAACGGAAUCAGUCAUCAGCGAGGGCAUCCUCGCCCACGCCAACAACCCUGUCUGGAAUCUCAAACUAUCGCACAGACUCGUAUCGCCCAAUCAAAGAUCAGGCAAAUGUCCCCGCCGUGCCUCCACCUGAUCCGAAGACCAUCGCAAGGACCCACUACCUGGAAAUCUCGCAGUACCUGACCGCAUACCUCGCCAAGGCACCGCCGAAUUCGCGGUCUACCGCUCGCCAGAAGUUGACGCGGCUGACAAAACAGCAAUUCCAGGAACUCUCGACAGAUGUAUAUGAUGAACUCAUUCGGAGGCAGACUAAUACUGCAAACAACGAAGUACCCUGUCUGCCCGCCCGAGAAGAUUUCCAUCCGAAGCGUAAUCAGGCCCGGCAGAAACUCGCCACGCUUCCAACGGCGAGAUUUGAGGAUCUUUCCUCUGAUGUUUUCUUUGAACUUUCAAGGCGGUACCCGGAGUUUAAAGAAGAGGGUGAGGGUGGUCUAGCAGCAGCGGGCUCACCACAGUCGACCUAUGGCGAAAUGCCUUCAUCUGAUUUUCACGCCUCGCCACGCUCUGAUGCUGUCAACCUUCCGCCAAAUUUGCGAUCAGGGCGUCUGUCAGAAGACCGAGCGAUGGACAGUGGUUAUGGUAGCGGCACGCUCGGUAGGAAAUCGUCUGAAGACGGAUUCAACAGAAGUAGGCCAAGUGGUGAUGAAGCGUCGGCCGGGCGUCGGAGUGAAGAUUUGUACAGCAGAUCCGCACAUGGAGACGAUCCGAUCAACGCGUAUGCAGCUCGCAGGAAACCCUCGCAGGAUAUGCGUGCGACCGCAGUAGCGAAUGCAGCCGGUGCUAGAGUAGGUGCCGGUCCCGAUUUUGGGCGACGCCCGAGUGCCACUGGCAGUCUACGUAGCGAUUCAUCAAGCACAACCAAUGCCCAGAGUGCGACGGCCACCAGCGGGAUGAUCAUCCCUAACAAAAGCACGAUCGCCGAGGAGGAUAUCGAAGUCCCUUUCGGAAGGGAAAUCAGGGACAGCUCUAUUGCGACAAUAGAUGAUCGGAGUCAGGAGAUUGGAAAGGAUGUCGAUGCAGAAGCCGGAACGGAUGGAGAGAACGAUACUCCCUUGGUAGGGCUCAGCGGCUUGAGCGUCCGCUUGAGAUCGCAGGGUGACUUCGAUGAUGAUGGGGUCCGGAGCGGGGACGAUUACUUCGAGAAGGUAUCACUUGGCAGAACCUCUGUGACAUCGGAUCGCUCCACUAGCGGAGCUGGUUCCAGGGUCAUGGGUGGUCGCACGAGUGUAGGGGGUGACGAGCCAGAGAGGUUGAGACAUGAGUACGAAUUCAAGAUUGUAGGGAUGCAAAACCGCAUCGUGACACUCGAGCGCGAUUUGGCGAACGCCGAGCAGCGGGAAGAACAGUUGCGAGAAAGUCAGCAGCGCAUAAAGUUACUAGAGGAAGAAGUCGUUGGGUUUCGCAAGCGCGCGGAAGAGCACUCGACAGCGACGAGAGUAUUGCAGGCGGAGCUGGACGAACUUCGUGAACUUCGGGCAAGGGAGGAAGAGCGCACCCAAGACGAUCAAGCAGAGUUGCGAAACCUCCGCGAUCGGUGCAAGCGUCUCGAGGAAGAGUACCAGGGAGGUUCGGGACAAGUUGACAAUGAAUUGAUAGAACAGUUACGUUCUGAUAUGGAAAGCCUCAUGGCCGAGUUAAUGGAUCUGGGACGUCGUAAUGACGAGCUCAUGGCUGGGAAGGAGGCUGACCUUGCACUUAUCCGGGACCUUGAUAGUCAGUUAAAGGAGUACAAACGCCGUUACGAGCAGGCCAAGACGGAGCUAAGGAGUGUGAAAGCUACGUCUCAGUUGUUUACGCAGACUCCUAGGAUGGACGACCAACUUCCGGUGGCCCAAGAUGGAGGCUUGCUUGACAUUCAUGUCACGGCGUUCAUAUCAUCUAUCGACAGCCUUCUUGCGGCGGCAAGAUCGAAUGCACCCACCAGAGUCCUCACGCCUAUGAAGGCCGUGGUGACAAGCACAUCCGCUAUCAUCGACGAUGUGCGGGCAUACGAAUCUCGGCCUAUGAGGGAGGACAUCGACGUUAAUAGCCUACGUUCCCUGCGCGAACGAGUGGAAGUCACAUUGUCCAAUCUCGUUGCAGUUUCCAAAACUCAUGCCACCAGCUCGGGAAUGUCGCCGGUCAGUCUUUUGGAUGCCGCCGCAAGCCACGUCUCCGUCACCGUCACAGAGAUUGCCAGAAUGAUUUUUAUUCGCAAGGCUACACGUAUUGAGCAGGACCUCCCCGCGCCACCACCUCAAGCCCAGUCUGUAACACCAUCCUUCGCUACUAUACCUGCUGCUCCUCCUCUUCGCUCGUUAGAAGAGUUGCGAACUUCCAACCAUGACCGCAUGUCGUCAAGCGGUAGCUCCAAAAACGGAGAUUCCCCGCCUCCCCUACCUGACCGAUCUGCUGGGCCCUUUGGGAGUGGCGGGAUCGACAUAAGCCCAGCACCGCCUGAGGGCGGAGAGGACGCCUGGUCCGAAUUAAAGCCAUACCUCGAAGCUCAAACUGGAUCCAUUGUAUACGCCAUACAGAGCGUUCUCUCAGGCGUCCGCAGCCCUAAUCCAUCACCCAGUCUCAGCGAGAACUUAACAGAAAUUAUUACCAUCGUAUCGAGCAUCGUAGCUGUAUGCAGUGACAACUUACCGCCGGCGUCGGCCCAACAAGGUGCCGAGAUUUUGAAGGACCUCCGGGACCACGCUAAGACACUGGAAGGCGUUCAGCGGUUACCGGAGGUUCACUAA